GGGCCGAGGAGGGGCUGGCGAGCUUCUGAAGCUCCGAGUUAAUGAGAGGAGGCAGAUCUCUUUAAGCGAAUAAACAUCUGGUGUUGGCGAUGACAACAUGGCAGCUGAAAGGAAUAUGUCAUUUCGCCGGGUUGGAAGUAUCAUGAGGAGUAGAUCUGAGGGCACAUUAAUUGAUCUCAAUGAUGAUACAUCAUCCAGUGAUAACUUGAAUGGUGGCUUUGUACCGGGAAGAACACAGACAUUAGAUUGGCAGUUUUCACAUCCAGAAAAAUCAGUGUCCUCCCAAUCAAAAAACCCUUUUUGGAAAAAUCUAUCAAGAUCCAAUCCAUUCCUUGACGAUAUUGUUCACAGUGGCACAUGUAAACCAACUUCCAAUGGGUCAGAAGUAAAAACAGGAGGAACAGUACAUCCAGAUGAUGGUAAUGGUGAUGGCACAAGCACAUCUUCUGAUGAAGGCAGCAUUGGGAACUUUAGUGUGAACAGACACAAAACCAGCAACCAGUCUGGGAGAUGGAGAAGUGCUUCAGACAUUCUCAGUGAUCUGGAGAAAAAGGGGCCAACAUUUAGGAACAACUCCAGACCACCUGGGCCUGUUCUGACCCCAGACUUUGAGUGGCUGAAGAAUGACAGAGAGGCCUAUAAAAUGGCCUGGCUGAGCCACCGGCAGCUGACCCGCUCCUGCCUGGACUUAAAUGUGAUGAGCCAGAGCCCUGGCUGGGCCCAGACCCAAGCCACACAUUUUCAGGUUAUUAGUAAGAUCAACCACAGCGGAGGCUCAGUACAGUUAACCGAAUCCAAAAUUAGCAUUCAUGUCCCACAAGGGCACGUUUUGCCCGGAGAAGUUCAGGAAGUGACCCUGAAAGCGAUGCUGGACCCUCCUCCUUGCCUCAACAAUAACUACAUAACAACCAUGAGCCCACUUCUCGAGGUGCUGCUAAGUAACAUCAACACAAAGGAGUGCUUGUCCUUGGAGAUGAAACUCUCAGGGGAGGUAAAGGACAACCCUGAAAGUCAGGUGAUGACCACGGUGUUUGGAAUGGUGUCUAACAAACGACAGGGCCCAUACACCAAAAUGAAUGACUGUUACGUUGACAAGAACUUGAUUCGGAUGAAACUCCACGAUCUGAAGACGCAUUUUUUUGUAAUAGCAGUGGCAGAGGCCUCUGCUCUCCAGCCACCCGCCACAUCAGUUUGGGAUUACCUCAGUCGACAAAUCACAAUUGCAGUCUAUGGCCCAAGGUUCAUCCAUCCAUCAUUUAAGGCUGUAAUAGUCGUCUGCUGUCACGAAGAUGUUCCACUUAAGCUUCCUUUCUCAGAUGUAUGCAAAGGUAAUAAAAACCUGCCCCCGCUUGUGCUGCAACUUUGGGGGAAACACUCAUUCAAACCAAACAUGUUGAAGGACUUUACUGUAGGGGUGGAUGUUAAGGGCUCAAACUUUGGAAUCAACUCUGAGGACAAAGUGAAACAAGUCAGGCAAAGUCGGCUCAAGAUUGGGACGGUUUUGCAUCUACCAGUCUCAAUAUCUUGCCCGAGGAAAGCAGAGAUGACUCCUUUUCAGUUAAACAUACAAGUGAUAGAAUCAAACUCGUCAUCAACAUCAGCUGACUUUCAGGUUUCUUCCCCUCCCGCACCACCCAUCAGGUCAGAGAAGAGGCAACCAAAGAAUGUGGAAAGAAAGACUGAGACUGGAAAAACAUUUUCCAUUCCAGAGGAAAGCGAUUCCGAUUUACCCAAAUUCAAAGACAUACCGCUGACUCUGCAGUGGUACGGAGUAGCCCUAAAGACAGUGUUACGUCAGCCACGCGUAGAAUAUCUCCUGGAGUAUUUUAAGGGUGAAACCGUGGCUCUGCUUUCCAGAGAGACUGUCAGGUCAGUGGGUAAUUUGAAGGUGAAAGAGUGGUACAUCGGAUCCCUCAGAGGUAAAAUUGGCUUGAUCCACUGCAGAAACAUCAAACUCAUAGCAGUGGACCAGGUAAUGGACUUCAGCGAUGCUCAAGUCACCACAGCAGUUCUUUUGAACAACAUGACACUGCCCUUCAGGAAGCUCACGUACAUGUAUUCUGCCAUCCAGACAUUGGUCACACAGCAAAUCACAAGCUGGAGAGGUUUCGCAGACGCUUUAGAGUACAAAAAUGAGCCUCUGGAAACAAUUAAGAGAAGAUAUGCAGAAACUGACGCUGACAAGGUGGCUUGCGUUCUGGAAAAGCUGAAGGAGGACUGCCACAGUGAGAAGUCAAGGAAAAAGUUCCUGCAUGACCUAAUGGUGGGGCUACUGAAGAUGAACAAUGUGAAUCUAGUGGCUCAGCUCAUUCAGAAUACAGUCAUUCUGUCGACAGCUGUGGAGCUGGGGAUUCGAUGGCGGGAGCUUGCAGAGAAGAUGGGAAAACUAACCAGUGCUCAGAUAGCUGCUUAUGAAGCUCCACACCGAGGGAAGGACGAUGAAGUCAGUCAGCAGUCCAUGUGGAAACCUGCCUAUGACUUCCUUUACUCCUGGAGCCUUCGUUAUGGAGACAGCUACAAAGACAUGAUCCAGGAGCUUCACCUGGCCCUGGAUAAAAUGAAAAAUCCUGUCACCCGGCAGUGGAGGCAUCUGACUGGUGUGCUCAUCACGGUGAACUGCUUAGACGUCUUUCAAGAAACAGCUUUCCCAGACUCCUAAAUGUUUCACACUGUUGUGCUGAAGCAGGCUUUGUGUGAAAAACACUAAACAUGUUACCUACUGACAUCUUUACUUAAAACACAAAACUCUCAGAGAAUUUCACUUUAGCUGAAAUUCUCUGAAACGCCAUAACUAACAAGUCCAGGAAGGCAGUGAUUUAAAAGUGGCGAAGAUGUCUGUGCAAAUGUCAAAUAUGUGAAAUUGAAAUUUUGCUUGUGUUUAUGAUGUCAGUAGUGACUUACUGAUCUCUUGAUAAUAAUUUUAGCUGGUGUAGGACCCUUUGUGUUAUUGUUUUUUAUACAUAGCAGAACUUUCUUUGUAAACCUUUUCCCAUUCAAAGUGCACUUUAUUUCUACAAAUCUUCAAAGAUUAAAAAGCAGAUUCAUAAUUUUAAUCCACUGCAUUUGAGAUUAUUCAUACAUCAAAUCAAUAGUGUAAUCUUUUGACUGUUAUAUUAUGGUCUGUAACUUUUGUUGCACUUAUGGACAUGUUAUAUGUUUUUUUAAUACAUUUUAAGUAUAAUGUAAAACACAAAGAAAAAUGUUUUUUCCUAAAUGUCAUGUGGGCGUACAGCAUUGAGAGUCUGAAUUUCUGUUUUUUUCCCCCAGGUUUGUUGUGAAAAUAAGUCUAUUUUACCAAAGGAAAUGUUACAUAAGAUGCUUAAACAAAAGAAGGUGUCUUCUAUGUGUUAUAGACUGCUCUUUUGCAUAUAUGUGUUAUUUUUUACUAUCAAAUUUUAGAUAAGUAGGAAUAUUAUAAUUUAUAAUUUAAUAAAGGAAAUAAACAACACAGUGGCUGCACGUUCAUUUAAUUAAGUUUGUCCUAAACAAUACUGUGAUCUAAUGUAAUGUGCACACAAAACGACUUUUAUGUCCAUCAUUCCCAGAUGGGGUAGUGGAAAUGAAAUGAGAAUGCAUAUAUUAAAAAUGCCUUGCAAUUGUC